CUACUACUGCGGAGAUCAUUCUCAAAGCUUCACUGUGCAAGUAGAUCGCACGUUACGGUCAAAUGGAGAGUCUGAAUGAAGAGGGUAAAGGCAGAGAUGGGCCUGCGCCGGCGCCGGUAGUGAUAGGCGGCAUGGUUUUGGAUAUAAAUUGCAGUCCUUCGGUUGAUGCUAAUAGAGGGACAACCACUCCUGGCAAGAUCGUCUACACAUUGGGUGGUGUGGCAAGGAAUAUAGCUGAGUGCAUGUCAAAGCUCGGAGCAAAGCCAUACUUAAUAAGUGCUGUAGGAUCUGACAUGGCAGGAAAUUUGCUAUUGGAACACUGGAAACUGGCAGGAUUAUCUAUAGAAGGUAUUCUUAGACAUCAUAGUAUUGAGACUCCGUCAGUUUGUCACAUUUAUGAUAGUAAAGGAGAAGUGGCAGCCGGUGUUGCUAACGUUGAAGCUGUUGAGAAACAUCUCACAGCCACAUGGAUACAGAACUUCAAAUCCAACAUUUUGUCUGCCCCAGUUUUACUUCUAGAUGCAAACUUGAAUUCUUCUGCUCUGGAAGCAUCUUGUCGACUUGCAGCUGAAUGUAAUACUCCAGUAUGGUUUGAGCCUGUCUCAGUUGUGAAAUCUAGAAGAAUUGCUUCCAUUGUCAAUCAUAUUACUUUUGCAUCACCAAAUGAAGAUGAACUUAUUGCCAUGGGAAACGCAGUCUCUGGUGCUGAGAAAUUCCAUCCAAUUAAAAAGGGUUGCCCGCCUUUAUCAAUAGAAACUAUGUUUCAAAUGCUUAAACCUGCAAUUUCAGUCCUACUGCACAAAGGCAUCAAAGUAUUGAUUGUGACUAUUGGAUCGAAAGGUGCAUUUUUAUGCUUCAGGGGGAUGAUGGGCAGCAUCAAGAAACUUGUUGAUUUGAAAAGAAACCAAACUCCAUGCUUUAGCAAAGAAUUAAUUGAAGCAGUGACAUCAAAGUGCCCCCAUAAUCAUAUCUUUAAUUCUUUUAAACCCGAGUCAAGGUCCAAUAUGUGUGCUGUGUAUUAUCCGGCACUUUCUACAACAUCAGUGGCAAGACUUACAGGAGCAGGUGAUUGCUUGGUUGGUGGGACCCUCGCAUCAUGGUGUGCUGGUUUAGAUUUCAUGCAAUGUUUAGCAGUUGGGAUUGCAGCUGCUAAAGCUGCUGUGGAAGUGGAUGCCAACGUGCCACUAGAGUAUUCAUUAGCUAAACUUGCAGUUGAUGCGGGGAUUGUAUACGCUGGUGCCAGACCAAUCUUCAGCCCUUCCAUGCUGUAGGUUGCAGCUGAAGAGCAUAGUAGUUUUCCCUCAAGUAUAUUAGUGAAAUGUUGUCUCGUAACCAAGCAAUAAGGAUUAAGACUUCAGGUUUUAAGGUUCAUUGUUAAAUUCUCCCAGAGUUAUUGGAGGUCAAGCACGUCCUAGGUGGCAUGCACCUCAAGGCCUAACUUUCGGGGCAUGCGAUGAACACAAGAAAAAAAGAAUGAAGCCUAGGGCCGAGUUCACUAUACCAAAGGUGAGAAUUCCCAGGUGAAGGGAUGGCUCUCCAUUUACAGGUCUUAGGAGGAAAGCCUUGUGUAUGUAUGAAUAGGAUACCACCGGCAAGCAACAGAUCCUUCAUCUUUAAGAGGAUGCAACCUGUACACAAGAAUAUUGAUAGAGCCCUUAUCCUCCAGAAAAAGAGCUGACAAUUGUUUCCAUAACAAGAGAUUAUUAACCUGCCAUUGUUUUAAAGCUAGAGAUUAUUCAUAGAGAUUGUUUUAACAAGAGAGCUAAGUUAUUUAGAGCAAAGUUAUUUAUAGUGUUAAAUAAAUGUCCCUGCGUUUAUUGUCA